AUGCUGGAAUUCGGUGCCAUCCUAUCCAUAUAUAAGAUCGGAUAUACGUAUGGAGCGUCCCUGCCUCAGGACGACUUGUUUGAAAUCCUUGAAAUACCAGAAUUCGAAGCGUUCGCUCGUGUUGAUGGCCAGCCGUUGCAUCUGGGUGUGCCAAAACAACUGGUAAAGGAAGCUGACUGGGAAAACUGGACGGAUGAUGGGGAUGAAAAAGACACUCGGCUUAUUGACUUCGAAGAAGCUAUCGUGAAACCUAAGCAAUUACCAUACCCACACAAUGCAAAAUUGGACCAGCAGUUCCACGACAAUGCUCAAGAUCCAGCUCUGCAGUGUCUACUUCCAGUUAUUCGAGGAUUAACAAGUUUCAGACCUUCAGAUCAAAGCUCGGCAGCUGAGGCACUGGCUAUGAUCGCCCAGGCCCUGUCGGCGUUAACUUCCCAUUCUGACUCUGAUUCACAUUCAGAUUCAGAAUCAUCAGAAUCUUGGGCUGCGCAACGGAUACCACAGAGUGGAUAA